AUACCUCCAGAGGUCUCGGUCAUUCGUCAUUGCCUCUGUGAGGCCCAACGUUCGAAGGUCAUGAUAGUUGUAAAUGAGUGUCAUUGUUAUACAAGCAGCAUCAUUCAUUUCCAAUAUAUAUUGAGAAUGUCUGGCCAUAAGGAAAAUAUUAAGCUUACUUGGAAACGGGGGUUAGCAACAGGAAGGGCAUCCAGCCAUAGAAAAUUUGCUUGAACAAAUUUCUAUCUGACCCAUGCACGCAUAGAAAAGUGGAUGUUAAAUAAGGAUGCUGGAUGUGUUAUUUUUUACUGGUUAACUCUAGGUCAGUCCUGAUCCAGUCAACCUAUGAGGAAAGCCAUUCCAGUUGGGACCAGUCCAUUUUUUUGGGGUUAUUGUUUGAGCUGCUUUAUCCAAUGUGUUUUUUCCUAAUCUAAAAUGGUAGGCUGAGAUGUGGGUGUUUUUUGUUGGAGAUGAGAUGCUCUAUAUUUUAUUUCUUUUACUUGUUUCAGUCAUUAGACUAUGGCCAUGCAUCAUCAUUUAACAUCCAUUUUCAAUGCUGGCAUGGGUUGGACAGUUUGACAGGAGCUGGCAAACCAGAGAAUUGCAUCAUGCUCCAGUUGUCUAUUUUGGCAUCGUUUCUACGGCCAGAUGUCCUUCCUAACAGCAACCACUGUAAAGAGUGUACUGGGUGCUUUAUACAUGUCACCAGCAAUAAAAGAAAUUGCUACUACUACCACAACCACCAUCAUCAUUAUUACUACUACUACUGCUUGUACAAUUGUCAUUUCAGCAUUUCAGAAACCUGUUCAAUUACGGAAAUACUUCCAGCACCCUGCCAGAUUAAAUGGAGGCCAGAGAGUCUCUAGUCCAUUGGUGCUAACUCGCAGCAAACUGUACAGUAUACCCAGCAAGCCAUGGCAACAUACAGAUAUCUGCAGACCAAUGUCCAAGCAACAAAGAUCCACUGCUGAAGAGUACAUCCGAUUAGAAGAGAAAGAACGCUAUGCACAGCUAUUGAGACAGUGUACCAGUGCUAACUAUCCGGACACGUCUACCACCUCGUUGUUUCAGUGUCAGAAAAGUAGUUCAUCGACCAGUGAACGGUCAAGUAAUGUUCCAACUGUUCGAGAUGUGGCCUCUGUCAUUCAGCUCCAUCGCCCUACCAUAGUGACCUGUGACAGUGACCAAGAACGGUCACUUUCAGACUUGCCAUCAUCACAGAAACGGCUUAGUUUCUCAGACACUGACACUUCUCAACACAGUGAACAUAAUUUUGAGAACUCCUCAGCUUGUCAGGAUACAAACUCAUCUUCAGGAGAGAAAACAUCUUCAAAAGAAUCAUCUGACCAAUUAAGUACUUCAUCAGCUGCAAACAUGAAAGCAAUUAAACUUCUAAACGAACAUUGGAUGGAGGAGCUGGUCUCAAAAUUCUCUGCUUCAAAUCUGGAGAGGAAAAAGAAAAUAGUAGAAGAGCAACUGAAGGUGAAAUCUUUAGAAGAACAGAGGAAAUCUCGGGAACAUAGAGUCCAGUUAGAGAUCCAGCGACGACUGAAGCUAAUUCAGAAGGAGGUACCAGUCAUACCUGAGCCGGAACCAGAACUGGAACCUGAGCCAAAACCAGAAUCAGAAUAUGAACCAAAGCCUGAGAAAGCAUUGGUGCCAAGGAUUGAUGAAUUGAUGCAGCGUGACAUUGAUGCUGCACUGCGACCAUAUCCUGCAGAUGAUGUCUUGGUCGACGCUUUCCGCAUCCAGCUGAAACGACAGGACAUGGCCACUCUUUCACGUCUGAACUGGCUCAAUGAUGCUGUCAUCAACUUCUAUAUGUGUAUGCUGAUGGAGCGCAGUAACGAACCUGGUUUCUCAAAUGUCUAUGCAUUCAACACAUUCUUUUACCCAAAACUUUUAUCCAGCAAAUAUGAAGGUGUACGACGGUGGACGAGAAAAGUAGAUAUCUUUGCACACAAAUACCUGAUCAUACCUAUACACUUGGAGAUGCACUGGUGUCUUGCUGUUGUGAACUUCUCCCAGAAAACCAUUUGUUACUAUGAUUCUAUUGGUGGCAAAAAUACUCAGUGCCUAGAGAAGAUUAAAAAUUAUUUAUGUGAAGAAAGUUUAGACAAGAAGAAUGUACCUUUUGAUCUAAACGGUUGGACAACAAUGACUGUGAAGAACAUUCCACAUCAGAUGAAUGGUAGCGAUUGUGGCAUGUUCGCUUGUAAAUACGCUGAUUACAUUACUCGAGAGCUUCCUAUCACCUUUACACAGGCUGACAUGCCAACCUUCCGGAGACUGAUGGUGUAUGAAAUUCUAAAGAAGAAGUUACUCACUUAAACUCUAGGACAAUCAAAAUGAAAUUGUUUUUGCUCUUGUAUUUGUUGUCAAAGCUGUAAAAAUCUAAAGCUUUACCAAGUGUCAUUACCAUCAUCAUCAUCAUUACCAUCAUCAACAAUUUUUCUCUAUUCUGUAACAUAACUAUAUAAUUCUUACCUCUUUGGCAACGCCAUAAAUGGCACUGCAUUAUAUUGUAAUAUACAUCACAACACGCUCACCUUCUUCCCUUCAUAUUUUGCAAAGAAAGACAAAAAAAAAAAAACCUGAAUUAAAAGUUUGUUACUUUUUUUUCUCAA